AUGGAGACUUGUGAAGUACUGGAUGCUGGGUUACAGGAACAAUUCGAUGAUAAUCACGGUCAAGAUACCGAUGAACCAAUAGAAGAACCAGCAACUCGUACAGACACUGCCGAGACCGAAGACCCAACAGAGGAAGCCGUGCUUCGACGGUCAGUUCGGACGCGACGGCCUAACAUGCUAAAUUACGAUGCAGAAUUUCCGACAGAAUUUCCGCCUUACUUGUCAAGUGUACAGACGGUAAACGAAGGAUUGUUCCCUCCACAAGAGAUGUUGUUCCCUUUUUCCUCCAUAUCCUAGUAUGCCUAUGUUUUACCCUCAACCUUCUCCCAAUCAUUUUUACCCUCAACCUCUUCCCAAUCAUUUUUACCCUCAACGUUUUCCCACUAAUUACCUACCCUUUCCACAACCGAUUCCCCAUAUUUCUACUCCACCUUUGUACUGGCAACCACCCGUCUACUACGGCGGUCCAAGCUGUGCAUAUGCAUAAUAGAUGGUUUAUCAGAUACUUUAGUUAAUAUUUUAGGUAUUUAUGGAAAAAAAAAAGAAUUGAACUUGUGAUGCUGCAUAAAAGAUGCAAAGAAAAAAAUUAAGAGUCUCUGAACUGUAUUGAACAAGGACGGCGCUAGUAGUAACAAUUAAAAGUAUAAAUAACAGAUAAAAGUAUGCGGGUUUCGUUGGAAUAGCGUGCGGAUGGACACACUUAAAGUGGGGGAGAGUGUGAGGGGUAUAGCCGUUUCGGGGUUUUAAAGUACUACCCCUCCCCCCUUUAGUUUAGUUUAGCUUAGUUCCGUUGUGUCACAUGACCGGAAGUGAAGAGAGCGGCAUGCUCGAAGUUGAAAACGAUAGCCUUUGGGUGAAUAUUUAGUUUUAUAUUUUAAAGCGAAAUUAUGUGAAUAAAACAAGUUUAAUUUAACUUUCUGUCUUUCUUUACCGGUGUUACUAUUCGAUAGGAACACGGGUUACAUUUGAGAAAAGCUAACUGCGACUUUGCAGCACUUCGUAAUGGGGCUAUUUAAAAAUUUUGAUUAAAGAAUAAACGAUUAUAUAAAACAAUAAAUUCUAAGUGGAGUAUAGAAUCGUCUUUACUAUGGCUGACGAACUGGCCCAAGAAAUGUUAUCAUCUCGAUAAAAUGUUUUAAUCUCCACGGGACAGCUAUUCUCAUUAGCCAUAAAAGUUAAGAAAACCGGAUGAAAAAAUAGCCCAGAAAGACUGGGGACAAUAGCGUAAGAGGUCACGUUCCCUUGGGGACCUUACAUGUGCAGAAACUUGGAUAGUUUAAUCUUACCAAGCUAGUACGUGAAGAAGGCACGAUCCAGACAAGCAAGGGAAGAGAAGAACGAAAAAGAUUCAACAACAUUGUUUCGCCUACAGCCCAUAGCUACUUGCUUCCGAACGUCGAAAUCUUAGAGUUCUGGCCCAAAGACAAGCACCGGCCGACGUUCCACCUCCGCAAGUUCCGCCGGUGGUGGUGGUUUCGGAUGCUCAUGUUGGCGAGCAGAGUGCUGAGCCUCAACCGCUGCUACAAGAUAUUGCAGAGCAGCCAGUGGCAGUUUGUAUUUUUGGUUUGUUAUAUCACUGUAGUUUCAUGGUAGUGCUGGUAUUUGUAUGCCGUAGCAGUGUUUUUCCAUAUUGUUGUUCGUUAUGAUUCCCCUAUUCUCAAUUGAAUUCCUUUGUUUCUACGCCCCCAUUACCUGAGUGUUAUUUUGUUUGGUCGUGGUCUGUAGGUCAGUUACUGAUUUGCUUGGAAGGUAUUUCUCGUUCGCCACGCGUAUAGGUUUGUUUUGGAAGGUUUUUCUUGCAUUUAUGCAGCCUUUGGGCGUUUUUCCUGUCGUCUUUGCUCGCCUAGUUUUAUUUUCAUUUGUUAAAUCUGCGAUCAGGCAAUUUGCGAGCUUGGGGGUGCUUAUUUGUAAGAGGUUUUCUGCUGUUGGUGUUGGUGUUGGUUUAGUCUUUGUGUUUCUACGCCUCAUUACCUGUUUUAUGAGGCUCUUGGGCGCAUUUUUUAGUGUUAUUUUGUUUGGUCGUGGUCUGUAGGCUUACUGAUUUGCCUGGGAGGUAUUUCUCGUUUGCCACGCGUAUUGCGGUCUUUGGGGUUUUUUCCUGUCUUUUGCUCGCCUAGUUUUAUUUUCAUUUGUUAAAUCUGCGAUUAGGCAAAUCGCGAGCUUGGGGGUGCAUGCGUAUUUGUGCGAGGUUUUCUGCUCUUGGUGUAGUCUUUGCGUGGAUGUCAGCCCACGCCAUAUAUAUGGGGUAUAUUCGCGGCCGUGGGGUUUGAUAAUUUUUGUCUGCAAACGUGUCUGAAUGCUUGAGGGGCACUUGGCAUCGUCGCGGGAAAAGUUCAUCAGAGAUGGAUUAGGGUAUCGCCGGUCAAACGAGUUGUUUGGCGUGAACAUCUUUGUCGACCCGCCUAUUAUGACAUUUUACACAUUCCAUUGUUUAUACGACAAUAUUCCCACGAGUAUUUACCUCCCUUUCAAACGACGUAUACCAUAACAGGUGGGAAAUUUGUCUGAGCAUGCGCGAGUAAAAUGAGUCACGCAAUUGUGUGGAAUACACGCAACGCGUGUUUACAAGGGGAAAGGUCUAUUGCCGUCCGCAAAAUUGUGUUAGAAGCCGAGGGGAAGUUUGGCACUCGAGAACAUGUGCAAAGUUCGGCUGGUGAAUAUUGUCACACGGCAAAUUGUAUACACUGGAUGGUGACGAUUUCCACCUGAGAAAAUAUGUUUUCCUAUGCAGUCCGGUGUUUUUUUCGUUUAGGCGGUACCCCCGAUAGCGGGGACGCUCCUGCAAAAGUUGCAGGCAAAAGGUUCAGGCCCUCGAGACCCUGCAUGCGGCAACGUCCGUCUACACGGUUUGGGGAUGGUCCGUCAGUAUUUGGAUCGUCCAGCGGAGUUAUUCAACGUAUCGGAGGUUUUGGCCCGCAUUGUUUAUCUGUACGGUGUUGCUCGCAAUGCCGGGCACGAGAAGACGACCGAAUUUUGUGCAAUUCUCCACGAGUUAGAGAAGAGGAAACCGCUCUUUUCCGGAGGCCUUUCAGGGCAUUACGGUCGCGCUUUUGGGGGACCCCGCCCAAGUAACAAUAGCGAAACAGAUCACGGGAGUGCUCAAGUCCCAAGCCAAGACAGUUGA